GUGAUUGAUGCGCGCCAACAGCCAGUCAAGCGCCGGAGAUUGAUGUUUACUGUUGUUGCUGUUGUCAGUGUCAUCCCGGAAAAAGACAUUAGCGAAAUGUCCAUGCUGCGUCUUUUCACUGGACGAGACCUUAUACGGUGAUAUCCAUCAGGGUUUGUGGAGCUGUAAUAGAUGAUGAUGGGUGCACUGGGGAACGGUCGACGCGGAGGUCGCUCUCCAUCUUUGCUGUUGGCCGCACUAAUCGCCUGCAUCCUCCUGCUCGGCUUCAACUAUUGGUUCUCAAACUCCAGAAACAUCAAUCUGCAGAGUAAGCUAUUGGAGAUGGAUGAACACAUGAGGCUGUUGGCUGCAGACAGAGACAGAGAGCAGCAGAGCAAGAUAAAGGCAGAGGAGAGGACACGUAGGCAAAACCAACAACUGGAUUUAAUGGAGAAUACAUACCGUGCACAACAGGAGAGUGCAAUCAACACAUGGAAACAGGAAAAAGAGAAUCUAAAACUCAACAUUUCCAUCAGUACUAAAACAGUGCUGGGCAUGAAAUAUCAUAUGAAGUCAUUAAUGGAGGAUCUAAGUAAGAUGCAGAGCGAGCUAAAGUCCUGUAAAAGUAACUUUGACAUCCUCAAUAAAAAAACCAUCAAAGACCUGACUCAGUGCGACAAACAAAUUGUGGCCAUGAAAGAGGAAUGCAGUCAGAAAAUUGGAGCUGUCAAAUCGGAAAAGCAUGAAAAGGAACAUCUUCCCGAAACUCUACAGAAUCCUAGUGGCUCAAAGACACAGAAAGUCACUGAUUCAAAAGCCAAAUCUGAGGUUCCUCCCGCAAACCAUGGGAAUAAAAGUGCUGCAGGACCAUCAAACAUUAAUUCCAACGUGAAUCCACGUCCCAAAAAUGAUGAGACCAUAGUGGGGAAAGACAAAAAAGAUGCUGUGAUCUCCAAACCAACCAUUAAGAAUGAGAAAGUCAACAAACCAGCCAAUGAGAACGUUUUAAAAGCAGUGAAAGAUAUUAAAGGAAAGUCCUUAAAGGCAGCAGGUGGUGAAAAGGAUGCAGAUACUCUGCUGGAUCAAGCAGGAAUUUUUGAAACCAAGGAAGAUGACAUUGGAUUCGAGAUUGGGGAUGGGAAUGAGGGAGACGCUGGAAUAGCAGAGAGGGAGGAAGACGCCAGAAUUGGGCAGAGGAAAGAUGAAGACGCCAUUAUGUACGACAAUGAGGGCGAGAUAGAGAAACAGCUCUCUAAGAUUAAAGAUGAAAAUCCAGGUGGCGGACAGAAUAUGGAGGAUGAGUUUGCUAAUUAUAACGGUGAAAACGACAACCAGCCGGAGUCUGAGGAUGACAAACAAGCCGAGCUCGUAAGGAUGUAACAAACACACCUGCUCACAUGAUGUGCCUGCUGAAACCUAUCAGAUACCCUCUGGGAGAAGAGGCUUGCUGUAAUGAUCAUUUUGUGCUGGGUAAAUAUUGCACUUCUGUGUAGUGACUGAUUUGCACCACAGAUAUCAUCUCAACAGAAACUCUCAUACAUCUUACAGAGAUGUAUGAGAGAGCCAAACAUUCAUUCGCUAGUACUGAUUUGAGAUUUAACUUGAAUGUAAUGACCAUCAAUGCUAUCAAGCCUUUAAAUGAAUGCACAGUGGGGAAUUUUAUAUAAAAAAAUAAGCUUAGCUCUUGUAUAUAAACAGUAUUGCAGAAGCUAUUCUAUUACAAAAUCUGACUACUUUAGCUUCUGCAUGCUUUUAUGUUCUGUCUUUAUGAUUUAUGUUCUGUUUAAAUGAAACUGAAUGUCUAGAUAUUUUAUCAGCCGAAAAACUCAUAGGAAUAUUAGACCGUUACUUUCAGAGUACAUUCAAAUAACAGGACAAUCUAGUUUUAUAUUUACUAUAAAAAGUUGGCUUUGUUGAUUUAAGGAUUGUAUUUACUUUAUAAUUUUUUUAA